ACGCGCGUGUGUUUAUUAAUAUUGCAAAUGCAUAGAAUCUAUUUAUCCAUAUAUAAAUAUAUAUACUGUUAUGUACAUGUAUGCAGUACAUUGUUUUGUUUAACACAACACGUUCAUAUGUGAUUGGUUUUGGUGCAAUUGUUAUUUCGCGUAAAUCCUGUUAUAUAUCUGUUUAUAAAUUGCUCAUUUGACUUGAAUAACCAAAACUAACUAAAUUGACGUACUGGGCGCCGCCACACAACACCUAGCAUCUGAUCGAAGUACACAACGAUGACCUUUCAACAAUAAUCAUGCAUAUUCUUAUGUGCAUAUAGUAUGUGGAUCAUGAUGUGGAAAAUGCGCUAGCCGAAUCUCAGGCAAUUGUGAUGAGUGCAUCGCAAACGCAGCCGCGGCAACAACAAUUGAUCAGCCACCAUAUGAUCGAAUCUCAGAUCUCGGUUAGCAGUGGGGCUUCCAUACAGACGGCUAUCUUUCAAUCGCUUAGCAAUUCGCCGGCGCACACCAAUCGGAGCACAGGACUGCUGCAGCAUACCACAUCUACGAUUAGCAGCAACUCCACUAGUUCUGUGAACUCACAGGGUGUAGCCUAUGCCGCUGACGCCCUUGGUGCACACAAGCCCUCGGAACAGAUCAACUCGCUGCUGGAGCACAUAACUCCAGCGCAAGCGGCCGCCGCCAUGAGCGGCGAGGGCGUGCUCAACAUAGCCGACGUGGCAGAUCUGUUGCAUCCCCAGCAUGCAAUCAUAACAGGAGGUCGUUCUCAGGAAGGUUGUCCAUUAAUUAUCUUUCCGGACAACAAUAAUUUCAAUUCGAUCGAAGAAGCCGACUAUCAGAAGCUCAUUUUGUACCUUAGCUCAGUGCCAUCCCUCCAGGAUGCUGAUUUGGGCUUUCACUUGAUUAUUGAUCGACGCAAGGACCGAUGGACAUCAGUAAAGACGACGUUGCAGCGAAUAUCGAUUUACUUUCCCGGUAUCAUACAUGUGGUCUAUGUGCUGCGUCCGUCGGGCCUCUUUCAGAAGGCCAUAUCCGAAGUGAGUUCGAAAUUUUCUUCCAAGGACGAAUACCGCUUUCGGCUUAUUGUGUGUUCAGCUCUGUCCGAUCUUCAUGAAUUUAUUGACAUCAGUCAGUUAACCCCCGAUAUGGGCGGUACAUUAAUAUAUUCUCAUCAUGAGUGGAUACAACAAAGGAUCUCACUCGAGAAGUUUUCAAGCUUGACACAUCAAGUCUCUGCCGAAUUGGAUGUAUUCAUACAAGCCAUACAUGAUACUGAGUUUCCCAAUUCCGUAGAGGCAACAAAAAAAUUGUUAGAGGAUCAGGGCGUCGACUAUGCGCGACUGAAGGAUGAGAUACUGGCUGCUGCCAGACACGGUGAGACACUGCUGGACAAAAUAAAAUCCAAUGAGGAACUCAAGGAGUUUUCCGAACGCACCGGCAAUGUCAGCGCCAUUGAAAGAUCCAGUGCAGGGCAGCCAAUACAUCGUCAACAAAUUAUUUAUCACCAACAAUAUAAGUUUAAACAACCCCAACAUUAUGAUGAUUGUCGCGAUUACCGUAGACUGCUGGUCCAACUGGAGGAAACUGAGCGUCGUUUCGACGAGUUCUGGCGGACACACCGCAACCGCCUAGAGCAGUGCCUGCUUUUGCGCAUGUUUGAGCAGGACUUUCGGGAGCUGCAAAAUAUUUUCGAUGGGCAUCUCAAGACCGUGGCUGACAUGACUGAGAUUGGAGAGAGCGUGGAACGCGUUGCGACACUUGUUCAGGAUACGGAGACAUUUUGUGAGCUGAUCAAAACAGACAUAGAGAGAGCUGAGAAGGUUAUACAAGCUGGACAGCAGCUGGUCGGCUCCCGUGGCGUCUAUCCUUGGGAGAUUGUGCAGCCCAAGUGCGACGAACUGCAGCGCGUCUGCGACAUAAUCAGUAUGCGCCUGAGCAAACGGCUCGAAAUACUGGCCAAGAACAGCGAACUUAUGGAGAGAGUUGAAAAGGCUAAUCAAUGGUGUGCCAACGGCGUAGAGCUGUUGGCCUCUCAGCGGAUCGAGCAGUGUUCGGUCUCGGCCGACCUAGCUGAACAGAGCCUGCACGAAAUACAGGCUUUUAUCGCAUCCGCUUCAGAUUUUAAGUUAUCUAGUCCAAGUGAAUUCAAGAAAAUCUUUCUGGAUAGCACGACCCCAGAGACCAAAGCACUUGUAUCUCAGGUUCUGCAGCGCAUUGAUGAUGUCUCUUUGAUGUGCGACAAGCGCAUUGCGAGCCUCAAGAAGCUGGCGCUGAAACCACCGCGUCCAGUGCAGCAGGUAACCCCAGAACCGGCCGUGCCGCUGCAGCCACCAGGUGGUGCGCCCCAUUUGCUGCGCCGUAAACCAAAUAAGACUGGCAUACAUGAGUUACGACCCAGAUCUAUGGACGGUGUCAUUGACUCGGGCGUUUCGUUAAAUGGCGACACUGGCUCGAGUCCAGACAAUGGCGAGCUCAUCCAGAAUCAACAGGACGCUGAGGCGAGAAAACUCAAGCGUGGUCAUGUGCUGUCGGAGCUGCUGGAGACGGAGCGGAUCUAUGUAAACGAAAUGAGUUCAAUUCUAAAGGGCUACUUCGACCAAAUGCAGUCGGACGAGCUGAUGCACCUUGUGCCUGCCAGUCUGCAGGGCAAGGAAGAAAUACUUUUCGGCAACCUGCACGAGCUCUUCACUUUUCACAACGAGAUUUUUCUCAAGGAUCUGGAGAACUGUAUUUCAACCACAGAGCUGGUGGCGCUCUGUUUCGUGCAAAGGCGGGACACUUUCUAUCGGCUGUACUCGUUUUAUUGCCAGAAUAUACCGCGCUCCGACCGAUUACGUGAGACGCUUGUAGACACGCACCUGUUCUUGCAGGAGUGUCAGAAGAGAUUGGGUCAUAAGCUUCCUCUAGCCGCGUAUCUGCUGAAGCCCGUACAACGGAUCACCAAGUACCAGUUGCUUCUGAAGGACCUGCUGCGCUUCAGCGACAGCGGCAGCUGCACCAAGGAGCUGCAAAAGGCGCUUGACUGUAUGCUGAUCGUGCUCAAAUGCGUAAAUGAUUCCAUGCAUCAAGUGGCUAUCACAGGAUUUCCGACCGAUCUGGCGCAGCAAGGCGAUUUGCUGAUGCAGGACUCGUUCCAGGUGUGGACCGAGUCGAAGAAGGAUAUACGCCUGCGCAUCAAGCCACAGCAACGUCACAUUUUUCUCUACCAGAAAUCCCUGCUCUUCUGCAAGCAAACCUCUAAAGCGGGUCACAACAAAAGUACCUACCAGUUUAAGCACCACGUUAAGAUGUCGCACAUCGGUCUUACGGAGUCCGUGCGGGGCGACGCCAAACGCUUCGAGGUGUGGCUACAGGGACGUCAAGAGGUGCACACACUGCAAGCUCCGUCGGUAGAUGUCAAGAACAAAUGGGUGGCGGAGAUCAAACGGGUGUUGCUCAAUCAGCUCGAGGAACUGAAGGGCGAGAAAAUCAAGCAGUAUGGCCUCAACCAUCGGGGUCUCAAGCAAACAACAUCAUGGGACACGCCCAACAUUAUACUGGGCACGCCUAGUCGCAACAUUAGCUGCGACGCGUCCUCAGAGUCCUCCAACCGCAACUCGAACUGCAGCAGCGAGGAGAACGCGGCAUCUGCCUGCGCUAACUCCAGCAGCGGUAUCGGUGACAGGGAUCACCCGGAAGGAUGCGGCUGGAGCUCGGACUACUCAAAUAGCGAAGACGAGAUGUCCGUGAAUGAGGAUAAUAGCACGCCGGGCAGUAAAUUCAUUGCCCUGGCUGAUUAUACUGCAAUGGGACACUCGGAAGUUUCGAUGCGAGAAGGCGAAGCUAUCGAGCUAUUGAAAGUGGGCUGUGCCGGCUGGUGGUACGUCCGCGUCUUAGAUACCAAUGCAGAAGGCUGGACCCCGGGAGCAUAUCUGGAAUCGAUCAAUCGAAAAUCGUCACGAUCAUCGAGCUGCAAUCAGGAGCGAAUAAAUCUAAAAUAAACCACUUUCCUUCUAAAAAAAAGAAACACGUCAAUUUUACUCGAGCUGAUUGACGCGCAGUUUUCAAAACUUAAUCUAUCGCCCUCAAUAGAUAAUAGUAUUUGAACAUGUUCUUCAAAUCCUGCUAUUUUCGUUUUUACUCAUCUGAAUCUGACAGAAAUACCAAAUAAUCUACACUCAAUAUUAUUAUCGCUUCUAAAUACCCUCGGUUUGGUUAAAGUGUACAUUGUGGAUAAAUAUAAUAUGGAAAAUAUAGUAUAUAGUAUUUCUUGUUGAUAAUUAACAUUAAAACAUGCAAAUAUGUAUUACUCUUAAGAAUCUAUUGCAUAUGGUAUGUAAUUGCUAGUUUCUAGUCCAUAGUAUACUUAUUCUGGCUUUAUUCUACGUAUAUGUAUAUAUAUAACGUAUGCAUUGAAGUACUUGCGCUCUAUAGUAUUUGAGGACUGUUACAAUGAUUGUUAAGGACAACUUGUCGAAUAUUUCUUGAAAAUGUAUUAAUAUUUAAAUAUGACAUUCAAUUAUAUUAUAUUUAUAUAAAUGAUUAUUAUAACAAACAUAGUUAUGUAUAAUAUAUACAUAAAUAAAAUAAUUAAAUACCCGAAAA